AUGCAGCACGACGACGUGAUAUGGCAGGUCAUCAGGCACAACCACUGCAGUUUCAUGUCCAAGUAAGCCCGACUUUUCUCAUCUGGUUUUUAAUCCAAUCUGCGUCCGAUGAUACGAAGAGGAAAGUGCUAAUUAUGGUGCAUUGCUUUCGAUGCCGGCAGAAUCGUCACUGGAAAUUUCUGUCGAAAUCCGUAUAACGUUACGGGAAUAUGCAACCGGAGCUCUUGUCCUCUUGCCAAUAGUCGGUACGCCACCAUACGAGAUCACGAAGGUUUUGAGCUCCAUCCGAUAUCAUCACUCCUUUAGGUUCAUUCUCUUUCUUGUACUAGGGUCAGUAUCUUCGCGACUUUGAUCAUUGAUUUGUUUAUUUCAUGGGUAAUCGAUGAUGUACUGGUUUAUCUUUGUGGGGUUACUUUGUGGUUGGCUCAUAUUAAACAUUAUCAAUUGAGACUCGUCAUUGAUUUUUGGGAACUAGAGCGGUGCUUUGCAACGAUUCUUUUGAAAACUCAACGGCUCGCCUCCUGUUCCCUCCCCAUUUUUUCACAAAUUCCAUUUGUAAAUGGCUUCAUGUUUUCACAUACAAGCAACCUCGAACUGUUCCAUCGAGAGAAGCCGAAGGGGGAUGAUUACGUUUAUGGGUAGAUACUACAUAAUUUGGGGGUUUUAAAAGCUAAAACAAGGAAACAAAAUACGCCUCACUCAUUGGGGAAGAAGCUCAUAAAGGCAGCUUAUUCAGUAGAAAAGAUAUGCGAAGAUAGGCAUCGGAAAAAUCUUUUGAAAAUCUGUUCUCCGAGCUUAUUUUUGGAAGAUCUUAGGUGCCCUUUCCCUCAUUUAACCAAGAAACUCACAAAUUUGUUCAUAAUGUGUCGUAUUAUUUCUUUCAGCUUGUUCCACGAUUGGGUAGCCUGUGAGCAUCCUUCCAAUUAUGUUUUAAUUCACUUUUUCUAAAGGGAAUGCUUAAAUUAAAACGUUUUCCCCAGUGGACUAGAGAUAUGUCCUUGUUAGCUUUUAGUAAAUACUGAUCCUUAACCUUUUGGCCUCGACACUCAUAAAUCCGGUUUCUGUCUUUUGUUUUAUGUGCAGGGGUUUUUUAUUUGUACAUGAAAACUAUUGAAAGGGCCCAUAAGCCAAAUGAUUUGUGGGAAAGGAUUAAACUUCCGAGAAACUAUGAGAAGGCUCUGGAACUUAUUGAUAAACAUCUGGUAUUCAUCUUUUAGUCUUUUAGAAUAUUUGAUGUGUGGUUGAAGGAAUGUCUAGAUUGACAUAUCUCUUAUUGAACAGCAAUAUUGGCCUAAAUUUCUUGUUCACAAGAACAAGCAACGUCUCACAAAAAUGACCCAGUAUCGCAUUCGCAUGAGGAAGCUGGUUCUGAAAGUGAGGUGUGUUCUCUUUUUCAUCUGGUGGUGACAUUGGUGUUUUCCCCCAAUUUCAAUAUGAUACAUCCUCUGAUGGGAUUAUGAUUUCAUUGUUCAUGAGAGACUUUUAUUGGGAUUUGAGAAACUAUUGUUUACUGCCUGUAAAGUAAGACGGUUAAGAAAACAUUUUAUUGUUUCUGUGAUACACAUUGAUAAGAAAAAUUGUGAUUGCGCUCGUGCUUUAACACAUCAUGAGGGCUAUAAUAGUAUUCACAUCGUUAAAUAUCACACUGUGACGCGCUUAUAAAAUAAUGUUAUCUGAUGCUGAAAUCAUUCUGUUUCUGUUGCAUCAGUUUUUUCUUGGAAUCUUAAUGCUUUGCCACCAUCUCAGUUUCCCAGGCAGCCCGUGGUUGGUGCCUGAUUCCCUGACUAUCCAGGCUAGCCUUUAUUUGUGAUGUUCUUCUAGGCAGCCUGGAAUAUCUGGUUCUCAUGUCACUUAAGUGUCGUCCUGUAAGUCAAGAUUGCAUUGUUUUGUCAUAAUUGACUGAGUAGGAUUUGUUUGCUGUUUAUACCUUAUGUAGAGGAUAUUGUAAGCUAUCUACCCUGGAAAGAUACGGUAGAUGACUUCUGCUCCAAAUAACACACAAAAUUUCACACCUAGCCGCAACAUGAAAACUACUGAGAGAGUACAAUUUUAAAAAUGCGUCAUUAUACAAAUCAAUUAUUGUCUUUUAUCACAGUAGAUAGAAGUAGGGCAAGAGAAAAUCAGAGAAAAUUAAGCGAAGGGAAUUUCAAACUUCUUAAAGAGAAUCAGAGACCAAACAUAAGCUGAAAAUUAAAUGACGCAGCAUUUUUUAAAAAGUAGCAAAAAAUAAAAGAGAGUUGCAAAUAUGAUCAACUGAAUAAUCUUUGAUAGUGACUAUUUGAGCAAGGUAAAGAAUAAGGAAAAAACUUUUUUUUUUUUCUAGCUAUUAAGCUCUUGUUUCACACCCCAUAGGUGGGAAUGAGACUGCUGAUGUAAACAAAGUCAUCCUGGGUUGCUAGUUAGGUACCAAUCCAAUGUGUCCAGUAUCAUGUUUAAUGGGGACAUCUUUUGUUAGCAACUGUUGGGCAUUCUGAAAAUAGGUUCUUUUCUGCAAUAUUCUUGCACCAUAUAGUCUGCUGAUCGUUUUCUCUCUUGUUUCGAGUGCAAUUAAAAAAUAAAUCCCAUUAAAAAAAAAGGCCUUGUGAGUCCUAUUUGAAGUAGAUUUAAGACGUAGGCUUGGACACCCUACCCAUGUUUUAUUUCUAGUAUUGUCCAAAAUGCAUGCGUACUCUUAUUUAGACAUCUAGUAUAUGAAGAGUUGAGGAGAUGUUGAUGUCAGACACUCUCUAGAAUAGUUAUUUCCCUUGUGCUUGCCUCAAGCCAUAUCUACGUUACUCUUGAAAAUAAUAUUUUCUAAUUAGAAUUAUUUUUUGUAUUCAUUAUAUGCAUCGUUUUAUUCCAGGGAGAAGAUUGUGACGAUGCCAAGAAAGCAGCAAAAAAGAGAAGCCAGAAGGGAAGAGAAAGCCGAGAAGGCUGCAGUCUUGGAGAAGGUCAAUAUCUCCCAUUAACCCUUUAAAUUUGUGGUUCUUUCCUCUAUGCGCAUGCUGAUACCCGUUGAGUUUCAGAGCAUUGAGAAAGAGCUGCUGGAACGCCUCAAAAAGGGCGUGUAUGGGGACAUAUACAACUACCCUGUUGAAGCAUAUGAUAAUAUUCUCAAUAUGGAAGAAAUGAAGGUUGCCGAUGUAGAAGAAGAGGAGGAAGAAGAAGUACGCUGAUAAACCCGCUAAACCCCUCCUCCAUCGCCUCUCAUUUCCUCUUCCUUUCCCUUUUUGGCCAAAUAUAUGCCUCACGGAAUUCCCUAAUAAUCAUGUGAACAGGAACCUGAGAUAGAAUAUGUUGAGGGCUAUGACGACCCUGAGGAGGAAGAGGACAUGGAAGACUUUGGUGGCUUCCUCCAAGGCGGUUCUUUUGACGAUGAGGAGUCUGGUAAGCCGAUUUCUUUCCUUCAUCACCUUCUGGUCACUGAAAACAUUAACGAAACAAAAAACGUUAAUGAAAGCAAGCUUCACAAGUGUAUACAUAUAGUUACAUUCAUGUACUAGUCACUUGCCCAUUUUUAGUUUCUGCUGUGGGUUAUGCUUUCUACCAUUGGUACUGUAUGACUGUGAAUGAUCUUGGUAGAAGAUAGAAUUUAUGAUGCAUCAUUGUUAAAGAUAUAAAUCUUCAUAUGCAGAUGAAAUCAGCGAUGAUGAGGAUGAUACAGGUAGAAUGGAUAAGACGAGCUUAAAAAGAAAGCACAAGGAUAAGCUCAGAGGGGACACCCCACAUUCAAGAUCGGGGAGACGGGGGCGGGUGGUCAUCGAGGUAAUCAUUUAUUUUUGGUUCUUGCAUUAUUUAUCUUUUGUUUCGUGUAAUGGAGAUGAUAACGCCCAUAUGCUUGUCUACCAUUUUUUUGUUGAAUAUAUUAGUUAGAUAUAAAUGAAAGAAAUCAGAUUCGUAACCCGAGGAUGCCCUGUAAAUUGGCUACGGGGUGGACAUCGUGAGCCCCGACUGUGUGUAAGUUAGUGAGUGAGUGAGUGAGUGAGUGAGUGUGUGUGUGUGUGUGUGUAUGUGUGUGAGAGAGAGAGACAGAGAAAGGAGGGUGCCGCCAUCAGUGGGUUUAAUUCUCACGACGGCUAAUUCUUUCUUUUUCUUCCAUUUGGCCAGGUCGAGCACGACGAGGGCGCGGGCGAGAGGAAAAAAGCUCGCCACUGA